UAUAAAAGCCCCUCUUUUUCAGCGUGAGGUUAGUCCCAGCAAACACCAACCCGCUGUCCAGGAAACAGCCUAACCGGAGAGAAGGGAGUGGGGAGGGAGAGAGGCGGGGAAAGGCAGUGCCUCAGCUUUUCUUCUCAAGUCUUGCCACUGAGAAGUGGGUCGCUGGGCUGUGCAGAUUUUUUUUUUUUUAAUUUCAAGAUUUUCCUUAAUUUCCCACCUAAAGCCUCCCCGCGGUAGGGCCGCAUCCCCCGUAAUAAAAUGAAUUCUGAUUCGAGCUCUGUCUCCAGCAGAGCUUCAUCGCCGGACAUGGAUGAGAUGUAUCUGAGGGAACACCACCACCGCCACCACCACCACCAGGAGAGCCGUCUCAACUCGGUCUCCUCCACGCAGGGCGACAUGGUGCAGAAGAUGCCCGGGGAAAGCCUCUCGCGGGCCGGCGCCAAGGCCACCGGCGAGAGCAGCAAGUACAAAAUCAAGAAGCAGCUGUCGGAGCAGGACCUACAGCAGUUGAGGCUGAAGAUCAACGGUCGGGAGCGCAAGCGGAUGCACGACCUAAACCUCGCCAUGGACGGGCUGCGAGAGGUCAUGCCCUACGCGCACGGGCCCUCGGUGCGCAAGCUCUCCAAGAUCGCCACUCUCCUGCUGGCCAGAAACUACAUCCUCAUGCUCACCAGCUCCCUGGAGGAGAUGAAGAGGUUGGUUGGCGAGAUCUACGGGGGCCACCACUCUGCCUUCCACUGCGGGACCGUGGGCCACUCGGCCGGCCACCCCGCGCACGCCGCCAACGCGGUGCACCCCGUGCACCCCAUCCUGGGCGGCGCGCUCUCGUCCGGCAACGGCUCGUCGCCGCUGUCCGCCGCCUCGCUGCCGGCCAUCGGCACUAUCCGACCUCCCCACUCGCUGCUCAAGGCGCCCUCCACGCCGCCCGCGCUGCAGCUGGGCAGCGGCUUCCAGCACUGGGCCGGGCUGCCCUGCCCCUGCACCAUCUGCCAGAUGCCGCCGCCGCCGCACCUUUCCGCUCUCUCCACCGCCAACAUGGCUCGGCUGUCGGCCGAGUCCAAGGACUUGCUCAAGUGAGCAGAGGACGGCCCGGCAGCUGCCCAGGAUGAGGGGAGA